AUAACCACCACCGCCUCUACUAGAUACGGAGUGAACGAAAAGAAAGGGAAAACAGCAGCACCUAAGUACGCCGUAUCGGAUUCGGUGGUCGUCCACCGUAGAAGGUGGAGGAGGAAAGGACCAUCAUCUCUCACAGUAACCAUGGACUCCGCAAACGCCGCCGCUUUGGGCUCGCCGGAGAUGGAAAAAUUCCUCUGCGAAUUAUUGCUCGACUCAACCCAACCCAUCUCCGAGCGCUUCAGAGCCCUCUUCUCCCUCCGCAACCUCAAAGGUCCCGCCCCUCGCAACGCCCUUAUACUCGCUACUAGGGAUUCAUCGAAUUUGCUGGCUCAUGAAGCUGCAUUCGCGUUAGGUCAAAUGCAAGAAUCGGAAGCGGUUCCUGCUUUAGCUUCACUUCUCAAUGAUCUUUCUUUGCAUCCAAUCGUUCGCCAUGAAGCAGCUGAAGCACUCGGUGCGAUUGGUUCACAGGGUAAUCUUCCUCUGUUGAAGAAUAGCUUGGAUUCUGAUCCUGCUCCGGAGGUUCGCGAAACGUGUGAAUUGGCUCUUCAACGGAUUCAUCAUGCUGGGAACACUGAUGAUUCGUCUUCAACUGAUGUUUCUCCCUUUAAGUCUGUUGAUCCUGCAGCACCAGCCACAUCUGGUUCUUCUGUUGGUGAACUAAGGGAUGUGCUGCUUGAUGAGGAGAAAGGGAUGUAUGAGCGCUAUGCAGCUCUCUUUGCGCUUCGAAAUGAGGGUGGGAAUGAAGCUGUUGCUGCUAUUGUUGAUUCAUUGGGCUCGAAAAGUGCUCUACUGCGACACGAGGUUGCAUAUGUUUUGGGCCAAUUGCAAAAUAAAGCUGCUUCAGCUGCUCUAUCCAAUAUACUUAGAGAUGUGAAUGAGCACCCGAUGGUUAGACACGAGGCUGCUGAAGCUCUUGGUUCAAUUGCAGAUGACCAAAGUGUAGCCCUUCUUGAGGAGUUUACUGCAGACCCAGAGCCUCUUGUCUCACAAAGUUGUCAAGUAGCUUUAAGCAUGCUGGAAUUUGAACAAUCAGGAAAAUCAUUUGAGUUCCUGUUCAUGCGCACUCCAGCUGUGCAUUAAGUGUUUUCUCAUGGUGAUGCCUUUCAAUAAUGCCAAGAUAGAAGGAAUGAAUAGAUGCAUGUGAAUGAAGAGAAAUUGAUCCUGACAUAUAUACACACACACAGCGAGCAACUGUUGUAUUUCUUACUCUCCGUAAUGAAACAUGAAACAAUAGCUUUAUAUAAACAUGAGUUUAUGCUAAGUUAUCGAAAUAAACAUUUUGUGAUGAA